AUGGAGCAGGUGGACCAGAAAAUAGUUAAAGCGGGAGAUAAGGACCUGGACGGCCAGCUGGACUUUGAGGAGUUUGUCCACUAUCUGAGAGACCACGAAAAGAAGCUCCGGCUGGUCUUCAAAAGCCUGGACAAGAAGAACGAUGGUCGUAUUGACAAGCAGGAAAUCAUGCAGUCCCUUCGAGACCUGGGGGUUAACAUCUCCGAGCAGCAGGCAGAGAAGAUCCUCAAAAGCAUGGACAAGAAUGGCACGAUGACCAUCAACUGGAACGAGUGGAGAGACUACCACCUACUGCACCCCGCCAAUAACAUUCCCGAGAUCAUCCUGCACUGGAAACACUCAACGAUAUUCGAUGUAGGGGAGAGUUUGAUGGUGCCAGAUGAGUUUACAGCCGAGGAAAAGAAGACUGGGAUGUGGUGGCGACACUUAGUGGCUGGAGGGGCAGCCGGCGCCGUGUCUCGAACCUGCACCGCACCCCUGGACCGGCUCAAAGUGCUCAUGCAGGUCCACGCCUCCCGUACCAACAGCAUGUGCAUUGCCGGCGGCUUCACCCACAUGAUACGCGAGGGCGGUAUGAGGUCACUAUGGCGAGGCAAUGGCAUGAACGUCAUCAAGAUCGCCCCUGAGUCAGCCAUCAAGUUCAUGGCUUACGAGCAGAUCAAACGUUUGAUAGGCAGCAACCAGGAGACACUGGGCAUCCUGGAGAGGUUUGUGGCGGGAUCUCUGGCUGGAGCCAUUGCCCAGAGCAGUAUUUACCCCAUGGAGGUGUUGAAGACCCGCCUAGCCCUGAGGAAGACGGGCCAGUUCUCUGGCAUCGCUGACUGCGCCAAACACAUCUUCCGGAAGGAGGGCAUGGCCGCCUUCUACAAGGGAUACAUUCCCAACUUGAUAGGCAUCAUCCCCUACGCUGGCAUUGACCUGGCUGUCUACGAGACUCUGAAGAACUCAUGGCUGCAGCGCUAUGCCACAGACAGUGCUGACCCGGGGGUGUUCGUCCUGUUAGCCUGCGGUACCACCUCCAGCACCUGUGGACAGCUGGCCAGCUACCCCCUGGCCCUGGUCAGGACCCGAAUGCAGGCUCAAGCCACCAUCGAGGGCGGUCCCCAGAUGACCAUGUCGGGGCUGUUCCAACACAUUGUGAAGACUGAGGGUGCAUUUGGACUCUACCGAGGCCUGGCCCCAAACUUCAUGAAGGUCAUUCCAGCGGUCAGCAUCAGCUAUGUGGUCUACGAGAACCUCAAGAUGAGUCUGGGGGUGGUGUCACGUUGAGGCCUGGGGGCAGAGGGAGGUAGCACCUCCCCUUAAGACCAAGUUGUUCAUUUUUGCUUUGCCAAGCAACGGUGCGGGUGACUUGGAAAAAAGGGAGGAAUCUCAGCAGACAGAGCUGGGGUUGUUAGAGACCAUCUCAUUCUGUAAAUGUUAUGAAGACAGAUGGGGAGAUGUACAUGGAGGGAGGGAAGAGACAUAUUACAACACUAAGGACAAAAAAAGCAAUGGAGAGAUGGGAACAGACACUAUGACUGGAAGGGAGGUGGGGAUGGAGAUCCUCUCACAUAGCUGUAAUCUUAAAGUAUCAUUAUGUAAGGAGUUAUUUUAUCAAUCCAGAUAAAAUCCUUCAACAUGAGUCCACUGUUGGCUUUUUGUUAUCAAAUUUGAAGACCCAGGUUAACUGAAAAGCAAUCUCUUCACUGGAACUCCAGUAUUCUCCAACCUGCUUGAAAUUUGUUAACGGAAAUGUAUUUAGGGACCAAAAAUCUGCUUUUGUUUGUCCGUUGCACUGGCGGCUACUGUUAUGUUCACUCAAUAGUACUAUCCUAUAGGUGGCAGUAUUAGUCAACCUAUCUGGCUUGUGAAAGACUGAUUUUCUAAUUGUCAUCUAAAGUUGUCCUAUGUAAUAUGUAUCCGCCUUAAUGCAGCAUUCAUUAAAAUGUAAGAGGCUGGAACUAUUAGGGCAUUAGCUGUUAUGAAUUUGUCUGGAGGGAGCAAAACCUCAACUCACAAUUUUGAUUUAUCUGGUUAAUUCCAUAAUUCUCCUUUUUCUCAUUGUAUAGCUUGAUGAGAAUGUUAAACAACUGAUUUGAACAGAAAGGGCAAUGCAGGUUGGAUGCCCAUAGUGUAUUAUUGUCCACUUAGUCUUAAAACAGCUGGUAAGAAGUGUGUAUGUCUUGAUGCUAAUACAUUUUUGUAUUGUAGCCAGAUAUUUAAAUAAAUAUGGUCCAAGACAUGCAGCGCUCAAAGAAUAGAUACUGUUAG